UUUUAGUGACAAUUACAGAUCUUCAAGUACUUACUAUUUAUCUUAUUUUUUCUAAUAUUUCAAAAGUGUUUGAGUAAUGAAGGUCACUACCGCGUUUAUUACGCCCGUUGCGGCUAUGGAAAAUAUGAAACUAGGAAUAAAAAAAUUCGAAAAUCUCUCGCCAACGUUCGAGGUUGAUUUGGUAAACGACAUCACUUAUUUUAAUAAACAAGAAAAAAAAGCUGAACAAUCCGCUUACGAUUUAUUUUUUGCUUACACAAAAAUGUAUCCGUUAUACGAUCCAAGAAAAGUAAGAGAAAAUAGGAGAUACGAACCAGAUAUUAGAGAAAAUAUAUAUAGACAGGAAGCAGCUAAAGCUGUUACAGCAGUGACAUCUUUUAAUUAUGGAAAAAGGCCACCGUAUGAUAUAGAUUCAGGAUUCUAUCAUAGACGUAAUCAAAUCGCUGGGUUCUAUAGAUCAAGACGCGUCAUAUGGGGACCUGAAGAAUCAAGAUACACUGAAGAUGCUGAUAAAAGUAUUUAAAUUUUCAAUGUUUGUUUUUAUUAAAAAAGGAAUCAAUAAAUUCUUAGUAUCAUA